AUGUCCACAGGAAAUCCAGGAAACUCAUACUCAAGUUACUCUCCAACACCACCAGAGCGUGGUUCAUUUCCUCUAGAUCAUGAUCAUGAAUGUUCAGAAAUAAUGGCUCAAUAUUUACAAUGUCUCAAGCUAGUCAAAGGUAAUAAUGCCCCAAAUUGUCGUCUAUUGGCUAAACAAUAUCUGGGAUGCAGAAUGGAUAACCAGCUUAUGGAGAGAGAUGAUUGGAAAAACUUGGGCUUACCAGAAGAUGAAAAUAAAGAGGUCAAGUCCCCAAUACAGAAGGAAUGA